CUGGCCGGGCCCUGCCCGCGGCGCUCGCUGCCCUGUGGCGCGGGGGACGCUCCCCGCUGGCGGCUCGGCUCAGCCCGGCUCGGCGGCGCCAUGAGCGGGGCGGCGGCCGGGAAGAGCGAGAAGCGGGACGAGGCUCAGGCGUUGGCCCGCAACUGCGCGGGGAGACCCGACUUCCAGCCCUGCGCCGGGCGCUCGCUCUGCGCCACCCACAGCCACGGCCGCUGCUUCCGCCUGCACUGGUGCUGCCACCUGGGCUGGUGCCACUGUAAAUAUGUCUAUCAGCCAAUGACUCCUGUGGAACAGCUUCCAAGCACUGAAAUACCUAUCCAACCUAGGGAAUCCACAAACACCAUUCAGAUCUCGGUCUCACUCACUGAACACUUCUUGAAGUUUGCACCUGUCUUCCAGCUGCCGUUACCCCCUGACUCCCCACGAUACUGCACAAUUUCCGACCUCUUUAUCGACAAUUAUCGUGUGAAAUGCAUCAAUGGGAAGAUGUGCUAUGUCCAGCGGCAGCCUCCCGCUGCGCCACAUAAAAUGAAGCCUGAGGAGUUUGCUGUUCGCAAUGCCUUAAUUUCAAAAGAGAACAAUAAACCAAAAAUAGAUCACUGCUCUUCCCCUUCCAGCUCCGAGGACUCUGGGAUCAAUGCUGUUGGGGUUCCCUUUAUGGAGUCGUGUGAUGAGGACACUGAGGAGGGGGCAGAGCUAAGUUCUGAAGAAGAUUAUAAUCCAGACAGCAGUUGGGAGCCAGAAGAAUGCCCCCUUCUGUCGCCCUCGCAGUGUGAACUGGAAGUGAUCGAGACUAUAGAAACCACCGUGUGACAUGCCGUGUUAGAAUCAGUCCCACAUACACUAACCAAUAUUGCUUUUAUAGCAUUUAUAUUUGCUUUCUUUCUGACAAGUCCUUUUUUCCAGUGCACUUGAGACUUUUCAACCUUCUCACAGAAGAGCAGUAACAAGACUUGCACAUCAAUGAGUUAGUUAUUUGAAUAACUAAUUCUACCAAUUAAUUUUAAUGUGCUCCCUCACUAAUCGGAUCUCACAUUUCUACAUUUAAGCGAUGAUAAAAAAAUUAUAUUGCUUUUAUGACAAAGUGGGCCUUAUCUUAGUCUGGGUCGCUUCCUUUGCAGUUAAUUGUAACAAGAAUUGCACCCUCCUGCUGUUUUCUUCUAUUGGGACUUUUAUGAUGUACUUUCACAGCACAGGGGGUAUUACAAAGCAGCAUGGGGAAGGUUAUGCAGUUGGCCUGAUGGCCGAGAACUCUUUAUUCUCUCCUUCUGUCACACAAAUGCAUACAUCUAUGCCCAGUUUGGAGAUCCGAGGUACUUCCUCUGUCCUCCUGCCAAAGGCUCCCCCGAUAUCUGCACUGGAGAAAGGGGUGUGCUGUGAUUCCUUUCAAACCCUAUCAGUUCCCCCUCUUCCAGCUGGUGAGAGAGCAGUGCAAAGUGCCUCCUACCCUCUUCCAGGCUAUGCAUAAUGCAUCCACAAUAGCUAAGCUCCUGCUAAGUUAAAAGCCAGGGACUGAGCUAAACUCCACUGAUGAGUGAAUUGUUUUGCUGCCAAUAUAUCAUUUAGCCAGAGCCAGCCAUUCUUUCUUCUGACUUAAACAAAAAAGAACGGCGCUAGUUUUUGUUUGUUUUUAUUUUAGGUGGAGAUUUCGGUUGUAAAAAAGGCUACUCCGGAUUUAGCUGUGAAGUGACAGCUAAAGGGGAGAGAGCUCAAUCAGAAAUGGUUCCAAAAUAACACGAAUGUUCUGUGAAGAACCAUCCUGCAUUGAAAGGGGGGGUGGGAUAGAUAAACGAAUAGUUCAGUUCUGCCCUUUAUCGGUGUCAAGGCUCCUUCCCCACUCUGAACUUUAGGGUACAGAUGUGGGGGCCUGCAUGAAAACUUCUAAGCUUAA